CUCAUGGCAAAGGCUCAGCCCUGCAAUCCAUUGGCCACGCCGAUGCAGCAACAGUGGAACCUAUUAAUGACCGGUUUCCCCAUUAGGUGGCAGGAGGAGCUUGCUGCUGUGCGGUAUACCGUCUUGGGCUAUAGGCCAAGGCACCCAAAAAGCGACCCCCGACCUCCGCCCAUCCCCAUGUGGCGUUCGCUUUUCUAUUUCUGGGACCAAAUGGACGUCCGUGCUCUCUCUACGAUUCAGGAAUCAUCACCACCAAAUUUCCUGAAGCUCGGUCCAACGCUUGUUCGCGAUAACACUGCGUAUGCACUACGUACACAGUAUUGCUCAAUUCGUUUGCGUGUCUCUUUGCGCCCUUACGAUUGA